AUGGGAGAUGACUUUGUUUCUGUUGAACAUCUUGUUUUGGCAUUCCCUUUGGAUAAGAGUUUUGGAAAGCAAUUGUUCAGCAACUUGCAGUUAAGUGAGAAGUCAUUAAAGGAUGUUGUGCAAGUUGUUCGUGGAAGUCAGAAAAAUGAUGAGGUUAUAUGGCAAGUUCUCAGGCAUAAACACUGCAGUUAUAUGGCCAAAAUUACUGCUGGAAUUUUUUGCCGAAAUGAGUACAAUUUAACUGGAAUUUGUAACCGAAGCUCAUGUCCACUAGCCAAUAGUCGUUAUGCAACCAUCCGUGAUCAUGAUGGAGUCUUUUACUUGUAUAUGAAAACCAUAGAGAGAGCUCAUAUGCCAAACAAGCUAUGGGAAAGAGUGAAAUUGCCUCGCAAUUACGAAAAAGCCCUUGAAAUCAUCGACAAAAAUCUGAAUAUCGAAAAGGAAUUGUUGGAGCGUUUAAAAAAUGGAACUUAUGGUAGCGAGAUAGUUAAUGCUCAUGCUGAAGCAUUUAAUAAGUUUAUUGAACAAUUUGAGGGACCAGAAAUGGAUGUUAAUGAAGAGUAUGAGGUGGAAACGGAAUUUGUUGAAGGCGAGUAUAUAGAGGAAGAUGAUAUGGAGGAUUACAAUGGUCUUCCAACCGGUUCCGAUGUGGAUGAUGAAGAUGAAGAUGAUGAUGAUGAUGAUGAGGUUGCUGCAAAAGGGGAACUAAACUCUGCAUUUGCCAUUGUUAGACCUCCAGGACACCAUAGUAUUAACAAGAUACUAAUUGUUGAUUGGGAUGUUUAUCAUGGAAAUGGUACUCAAAAGACCUUCUAUAAAGACUCCCAAGUGUUGUUCUUCUCUAUACACAGGGAUGAGUAUGGGACUUUUUAUCCCUGUGGUGAUGAUGGAUCAUAUGACAUGAAGGGUGAUGGAGAAGGUGAAGGAUACAAUAUAAAUGUUCCAUGGGAGAAUGGAAUAUGUGGUGAUGCAGAUUAUAUUGCAGCAUGGGACCAUAUACUGAUCCCUGUUGCAAGAGAAUUUAAACGUGUUCAAUCAAGUAUUGGUGCCAAAAAACAUGCAAUUUGGCUUUUCUGGAGUAAGAGCUCUAAGCAAGCUUUGACUGCUAUUAAGAUAACAUCUUUGUUUGGGCAUCAUUUGAAAGAGUAA